UGCGCAUGCGCGGCACAGUGAGUCAGGAGUCUCCGCUUGGCACCCGCCAGAGGCCUUCUCCUCACCACCUCACCUCACCACCCUCACCUCACCACCCUCACCUCACCACCUCCUCACCCUCCUCACCACCUCCUCCACCGUCACCUCGUCGUCGGCUCGCGCAAGGCCGCUCGCCAUGCUCAUCACGCUCAAGACGCUGCAGCAGCAGACAUUCAGGGUGGACGCCGACCCCGAUGAGACGGUGAAGGGCUUCAAGGAGAAGAUCGAGGCAGAGAAGGGAGCAGACGCCUUCCCGGCCUCGGGGCUCAAGUUAAUUUACGCAGGCAAGAUCCUGAACGACGAGUCGACGCUCAGGGAGUACAAGAUCGACGACAAGAACUUCGUGGUCGUCAUGGUGGGCAAGGGCGCGGCAGGAGCUCAGACCAGCGGUGCCACCAGCAGCAGCACCAGCAGCAGCGCCGCCGCCGCUGCACCCGCCGCCACGCAGGAACCAGCGGCGCCAGCCCCCGUGGCGGCCGCACCGCCCGCCAGCCGGCCCUCCGCGGAGGCCGGCGCCGCGCCAGCCACACAGCCCGCGCCCAGCCCAGCGGUGACGACGCCCCCCACCCCUGCCGGCGCCAGCGGCGCCAGCGGCAGCCUCGUCGACGCCGCCUCCUCCACGCUGGUGACAGGCCAGGCCUACGACAUGGUGCAGGAGAUGGUGCUCAUGGGCUACGAGCGCGAGCGCGUCGUGGCGGCGCUGCGCUCCAGCUUCAACAACCCCGACCGCGCCGUCGAGUACCUCCUCACGGGCAUGCAGGAAGGCGAGGGGCUGGCUGCAGACGCUCCCGCUGAGAGCCAGCAGCAGCGGCAGCAGCAGCGGCAGGCGGCUUCCGCGCCCAGCGCCCCGGCCGCCUCGGGCACCACCAGCAGCAGCAGCACGGCGAGUACCGGUGGCACCGCGUCGCAGGGCUCCAGAUCCGGCAACCCGCUGGAGUACCUGCGGAACCAGGCACAGUUCCGCUACAUGCGGCGCGCCGUGCAGCAGAACCCCGGCCUGCUGCCCGCCCUGCUGCAGGAGCUGGGCGUCCAGAACCCUCAGCUGCUUGCGGAGAUCAGCCAGUACCAGGAGGAGUUCAUCCACAUGCUCAACGAGCCGGGCGAGGAGGGCGCCGAGGAGCCCGGCGCCGACGAGCCGGGCGCAGACCGGCCGCAGGUCAUCCAGGUCACGCCCGACGAGAUGGACGCCAUCGAGAGGCUCAUGGGCCUGGGCUUUGAGCGGCGCCUGGCGAUGGAGGCCUACUUUGCCUGCGACAAGAACGAGAACCUGGCGGCAAACUUCCUCCUACAGCACAUCGUGGACGACGACUGAGUCCACCA